CCCAACAUGGCGGCGCCCAGUUCCUUGGGGCAGCACCUGCUUCUGCUUCACCUCUAAUGUUAGCCUUGGAGGAGUCAGCGGGACCAUGGACGCGCCGGGCUUCACGGCUUCGCUGGUGGCUGGAGGAGUAGCAGGUGCCUCUGUUGACUUGAUCUUAUUUCCUUUGGAUACUAUUAAGACAAGGCUGCAGAGUCCCCAAGGAUUCAACAAGGCUGGUGGUUUCCGUGGAAUAUAUGCUGGCGUCCCUUCUACAGCUGUUGGGUCCUUUCCUAAUGCUGCUAUGUUUUUUCUCACCUAUGAAUAUGUGAAAUGUUUGCUGCACACCGACUCAGCUUCACACUUCAGGCCCGUGAAGCACAUGCUGGCUGCCUCUGCAGGAGAAGUGGUUGCCUGCUUGAUUCGAGUUCCUUCUGAAGUGGUUAAACAGAGGGCGCAGGUGUCCGCUUCUUCAACAACCUUGCAGAUCUUUUCUGCUAUAUUAAAUGAAGAGGGGAUCCAAGGACUGUACCGAGGCUAUAAAAGCACAGUUCUGAGAGAGAUUCCUUUCUCCUUGGUCCAGUUUCCCUUGUGGGAAUCCUUGAAAGCCCUCUGGUCGUGGCAGCGCGGUCAUGUGGUGGAUUCUUGGCAGUCAGCAGUCUGUGGAGCUUUUGCAGGUGGCUUUGCAGCUGCGGUUACUACACCUUUGGAUGUGGCUAAGACAAGGAUCAUGCUGGCCAAGGCGGGCUCCAGCGCCGCUGUUGGGAAUGUGCUCUCGGCCAUGCAUGCGGUGUGGCGCGCACAGGGACUAGGAGGGUUAUUUGCAGGUGUCUUGCCACGAAUGGCAGCAAUCAGCAUGGGCGGCUUCAUCUUUCUGGGUGCCUACGACCAGACCCGCAGCUUGCUGUUAGAAGUGGGCAAGAAGAGCCCAUGAAGCAGACACUGCGUGUCCCUGGAGAAGAGGGCUGCUGGCUGCUGUGCAGCCCCUGCCUUCCUUAACUGGCGAAGUCAACGCUGCAGUGUGGCACCUUGAGAGGGCUGCAGAGUGCAGCCCUGAGUGUCUCCAUGGAAACUAUCCUCAGUGGACCUCCAGACCAACAUCUCCACCCCUUAAUAAACACUUCAGUGUCCUUUGCCUCCCGCUAUCUACUGAAGUCACUAAAAUGCAAGCGAAUGGCUAGACUGGGAAAAGGAAGGAGGCUGGGGCAGGAAAUGUGCGUGUGGGUGUUUCUCCCCUGGGCUAAUUCCUAUUGUGUAAGAUUAUAGCUUUGUUUAAAAAGCAUGAACUGCAGGUGCAUAGCAUACAUUCUUUCUGGAGACUGCUGUUUUUAAUUACCCUUGUAUUUCUCAUAUAAAAACACAUGAUUAUAUUAUUUUACAGCAGAGUGCCCCCAAAUCCCUAGUGUGAGAGACAGCUGCAGCACCAGUGACUGAGUGGGUGGGCAAGUGACUUUGCUGCAGGACACGAAGCCCCAUGACCACCACUGUCCUCCCGGGAGGGCCAGCUAGAGCUGUUCCUUUGUCCUCAUGGUGAGUGCAAGCAACACUGGCUGCAGGAGGGGAGGCUCAGCAUAUUCGGGGAGCACAAGGCUUAACUAACCAGCUCCAGGUGGCAAAAAAUUAGUGAGCCAUCCGAGGAAUGUGACGCCGCUGCGCCUUCUGGGGCAGCAGUGUCGUCUGUGAUGCUGUCUUCAGUAGUCUCCCUUUGGGGAAAAAGUAAUAAAAGGCAGAGUAACUGCACUUAGAACAAUGACCACAGCACACACUUAGUAUUUAUAAAUGAACCUUUAUUAAAGACACUUUAAUGCCAUUUGUUAGACACUUCAAUAUCUUACAUGUUUUCAAUUUACACUGUACCAAAAUUUCUAUAAAUAAAUAACUCUGUACAUAAAAA